AUGUCAAAUCGCCAACAGAUUGACUCCGUCAUCGAUGAUGACGACGAGUUCUGGUGCGUCCGCUUUCCACUUUUCCUACCCGUCGGGUUGUCCUAUGACUGGUCAGUUGGGCUGACAUCUUCGUCUUCUUUAGCCCCCUUUGCAUCGAAGAAUUUGAUCUUUCGGAUAAGAACUUCAAGCCUUGCCCCUGUGGGUAUCAGGUACGCAUCCUUCUCGCCUUGUACUCCCUCGCGAAUCAACGGCCCGAUCAGGAGAUCGCUCGCGUCGUAUGCGAUCCGGAGCGUCGCUAACAGACCCCUCCAGAUUUGUCAAUUCUGCUACAACAACAUCAAAACCCACAGCGAAGAAGGCCGGUGCCCCAACUGCCGACGGGUCUACGAUGAGAGCACCAUACAAUACAAGGUUCCCGAUGCCGACGAAUUCAAAGCCGACCUGGCCUUGAAACACCGCAAGGCUGCCGCCGCGAAGAAGAAGGAGGCCGAGAAACGUGAAAUCGAGGCUUCCAGUCGCAAGAAUCUUGCCGGUGUCCGCGUCGUGCAGAAGAACCUGGUUUACGUGAUCGGUCUCAACCCCACGAUACGUGACGAGAAUCAACUCCUCCUGACUUUGCGCGGUCGAGACUACUUCGGUCAAUACGGCGACAUCGAGAAGAUCGUCGUGAGCAAGGCAAAGCCUGGUGGCAACCCGAAUCAGGGCAUUGGUGUCUACGUCACGUACGCAAGGAAGGCCGACGCAGCCACUUGCAUAGCAGCUGUGGAUGGGUCAGCCAACGGUGACCGGGUGCUACGUGCCCAAUAUGGUACGACCAAGUAUUGUUCUUCCUUCCUGCGUAACGAGCAAUGUCAUAAUCGAAACUGCACCUUCCUGCAUGAGACUGGUGAGGACAGCGACAGUUACAGCCGGCAGGAUCUCUCUUCGAUGAACACCUUGUCGAGUCAGCGUAUCAACGGUGCCCCCAGCGGUCCCACCCACUCGAUCCCUCCGCACGUUGCCCGGUCCUCCGCUCAACCGAUUUCGCAACCUAUGCGCCGUCAGCCUAGUAGGGAUGACGCCGCUGGUAGCCGGCCACCUGAUGGGUCUGCCCUGCCAUCGUCGGCAAGUUGGGCGAACAAGGACGCCGUGCUCAGCAGGACGAGACGAGCAAGUUUGACCGGCAGCCAAGCCUCGCAAAGUCCCCGACCCGCCAUCGCCACGGUGUCGCCCGCGGUGGAGGAGGCGAAACGCGUGGAGAAGCAGUCUACAAAUGCGCAGGAGCGUGCUCAGGCUCAGGCCCAGGCCCAGGCCCAGGCCCAGGCCCAGGCUCAGGCUCAGGCUCAGGCUCAGACACAGGCCCAAGCUCAAGCUCAAGCCCAGGCUCAAGCUCAGGCGCAGGCGCAGGCGCAACCGUCCCCCUCUUCUGAAGCACGAUCCUCUCCGUCCAGUUCCCCCCCGACUGUCCAGACGCCACCUAAGCCGGAGACGCCUCUGUUGGAUAACUUGGUCAAGGCUGUCAACUCUCCAGACUUCAAAUUCAUUUUCUCGGCGGCUGGUCUGCCUGCGGAGGAGGUUGCCCUUAUUGAGAACCACCCUUCGUUCAUCGAUCCCUAUGGUGGUGUGAAACGCCGAGCUAUGCGUGAGAAGGCGGAGCAGGAACGUGUCCGGCGAGAGCAGGAGCUACUGCAGUCUGCUGCUGCGGAAGAAGAGAGCCGUGAGAGCGGAAGCCUGCAGCUUGGUGGCGAGCCGGAUGACGCAGUGCCUCCGAGAGGCCGUAGUGGUCGCGAAUCUCAUGGUGCUAUUCAACCUCCCUCUCAGCAGGGCACGACGACAAACUCCGCGGUUGGCUCCCCCGUCUCGGCAACCAGUCACCAGUUCCAGCAACUUAACCUGGCAGGCCGUAGCUUGACCCCUCUGCAGCAACAGCAGUUGCUUCUCUUGAAGUCUGCCGGCAACCAACAGGCUGGCCUGGUUGAUCAGCUGCAGGGUGGACUCAACUCCGCUGCUCUUGACCAAGCAGCCCAGGUCCGUCAGGGUCUACUCCAGAGCCAGAUGGCACAGUUCAAUGCUCUGCAGGCCCAAAGUCGCCAGAACUCUCGUUUCACCUUCGCCAAUGAGGCCAAUGCCAAGAACAUCCCUAAUGUGCGCAUGUUGAGCCAAAUGCAGGCUGGUACUCCUAACCCGCUCGCAGCCCCUAGUCCUCAGCAUGGUCUUGCUGGCAACUACUUCACUAGUGGCGUGCAGGGUCCACCCCCCGGGUUGAAGACGGCGGGUACUCCGCCUAUCAGCGGCGGCGGCAUGUUUGCCCAGGGUCACGGUUUCACAACGAAUGCCAAUGUCGGUUUGGGAUCCAACCUCGGAAAACAAGAAGCCAAUCCAGAGUUGAUGCGUGAGCUGCUGAGAGGCCGCAGUAGCGCAAAUGCCGGUGGUUUGCAGGGUCAAGAGGCCGCUAAGCUAGAUCUUGCGGACCCGAGCAUCCUACAGGCGAGGAUGCACCAGGUUGGUGCGAAUGCUGCCGCUGCUGCUGCUGCUGGGCAGGCGCUGUACGGGAGUCAGGGUCAAGUGGACGAAGAAUUCCCUCCUCUUGGAGCUCAGCCAAAGGACAAGCGUCCGGUUGACAGCUUUGGCUAUCUCGUGCGCUCGCAUUUCUCCAGUGACUCGCAAAGCUCGGCCCGUGCUGGAACCCCUACCCUGCCUCCGGGACUUCCUCUACCACACGCUCAUCCCGCAUCUGCCUUGUUUCAAAGUCCGCUCAAUCCAUCCAGUCCGGUCUCGUCGCCAUCUGUGCCGCCAGGUCUUAAUCCGCCUUUCCAUCGGCUAGGCACGCCGGGCCAAGGACUACAGGAAGGCUCUCGCCAGGCCUCUCCGGACUUGAAGGACACUCCUGACAAUGCCCCUACCUCAAGUCGCGUCAAGAAUGCGUCCGAAAUAUCACUCGGCUCUCCUGUGCCAAAGUCAGCCAACAAGGCUCGCGCCCAGCAGAAAGGAGAUUUGACGGUCGCUGCUGACAAGAAAGCUGGCUCUUCGAAGGCUGGAGACAACAAUGAGAAAACCUCGGCGCCUACGGGCAAAGUUAAGCCCAUAAAGCUGGAGCUUCCCUUGGGUACUUCUCAAUCUCAUGAUGCUCCAAAGCCCGAUACACCAAGUCAAUCCCAUGCUCAUGGCCCGGUGCCCACUUCGACGAUUGGUUCCCGUCCGAAUACACCUUUGACUGGGGUCUCCCGUGUUUCCGACUCGUCCGCUCCCCGCCAACCUCGAGUUCUCCGUGUGGUUGACACGCCGAAGACUGAAACUCCGCCGCCCCCAUCUGCCACCCAGUCUGUCGCGUCCAUACCUGCGGCAACAAAAGCGCGUUCCAGACGGCCAAGUAUCUCCUCGCUCAGCAGGCCCGAUACGCCCGGCGACCUGGGUUCGGAAGCCGAUCUUUACACUUCGGCAUCCGUGUCCCGUGCUAACUCUCCUCCCGCUUCGUCCAGAAUUGGCUCUGCACCUGUCCGGGCGAUGACCAAGAGCCAGGCUAAGAAGGAACGGCGACAGAAGGCCAAGGAACUGGAAGCCAAGAAACAAGAGGCCACUGCCGUCGUUGAGGAACCCGUGCAGGCCCCGAUCAUCGGUCGAAAGCGCAAGACCAAGAAGACUCCUGUUAGCUCGAACGACUCGCCGGCUACAGCUCCGGAUAAUACUGAGACUGGAAAGUCUGCCAACGCCGCAGGCUCCGAUAGCAAUGAGAAGACUAGCCAGCGGACAGAAGCGGCCAAGAAGAACAAAUCGAAUGAGAAGGCUACGAAGGACUCCAAGGCAACUGUUACCGAGGAGAAAGCUACGGCUGAACAGAAGGCACCUGCUGAAGCAUGGCGUUCUAAGAACACGGUUGAGCAGCUGAUGAAGGACGCCGAAUCCAGCGGGGUCCCGGUCAAGGAGCUCUUCGCGGAACGCACGUCUCCGUUGCAGGUGCUUCUUGCUCAGCUUCACAAGUCUGCUGAAUUAGAUCUGAACAAUCAUCCCCUUUUCAACCCAGCCAACCUAAACCAGCGCUUCGACAUGAAGUGCACUGCGGAUGAUUACGACAUUCUCAAACAGCCCAUCGAGUUGACCGACGAGCAUCGCAAAGCAUUGAUGCGCGGAGAAGCCAUCCGUGUUAACUCGGAUUCGAACAUGCUGAAAGACCGAUGCUUAAUCAGUCCCCGCGGGUGCGUCCUACACCAUCUGUCGCCAGAGGAAGAAGAGCGGUACCUCGCGCUUGAGAAGAACAUUGCCUGGGCAAUUGAUACCUUCCAGGAGUACUCGAACGUGCCAAUCACGGAACCAGAUGUGACCAACCGCGGUGGUGGCUUGGACGCACUGUUUGCUACCCCUGAGAACUUCAACAUCUGCUGGGUCGACGAGACCUCGGCUGGCCUCACCUCUGGCUCUCCUACUGCCGGGAUGUCCCUCUCUGACGCGAGUGGCUCCACUAUUCCCGCGCCUCCCAACGUUUUGUCGGCCAUGGAGGCGGACAGCACUCGCAGCCAUAACUGGGCCAUUGCCAACACCGCCGAGCUGGUCAAUGCCACUGCCACCUCUGUGCGGUCCUUCGCUGCCGCUACUGCCAAGCACAUGCUCGGUGCGGCGGGGGUGGUCAUGGGCAACAUCCCAGACCUGGACGAUGUGGUUGGAAUGACCAAUGAGGAGCUGCGGUCGUUCGCUGUCAAGUCGCAGAAGGAUCUCGAAUCGUCUCGCAAGGAGCUAGACACGAUCGACAAGAAGCUCAACGCCCUAGUGAAGCGGAACCGCAAGCUUGCACAGCAGGCUCUUGCGACUACCGUUGACGCGUGA